UUUGUCGUGCGUUUGCUUCCACUUUACCGGGCGGCUUUCCACAGAAGCCGUCGGUCGGUGGGAGUGUGAUUCGGGGAUUUCGCUGCAUGAGGGGAGUAGCCUUGGGAAUAGACGAGCGGAUUGUGUUGUCCUUGAAGAAAUAACUGGGAAGCACAAGCCAAAGUCACUGUUUGGUGCGAGCACGUGCCCUUUUCCCACUUGAGUUGAAGAUAUUCAGACUCCAAAAUGCCGGUGUUCCAUACUAAGACGAUAGAGAGUAUUCUGGAGCCAGUGGCUCAGCAGAUAUCCCACUUGGUGAUCAUGCACGAGGAAGGCGAAGUUGAUGGCAAAGCGAUCCCUGAUCUUACUGCUCCUGUGGCUGCAGUGCAGGCAGCCGUCAGCAACCUCGUGCGGGUGGGGAAGGAGACAGUACAAACCACAGAAGACCAGAUGAUGAAGAGGGACAUGCCUCCGGCCUUCAUUAAGGUGGAGAAUGCUUGUGGAAAGCUGGUGGAGGCAGCACGGAUGCUGAAGGCCGACCCAUACUCAGUCCCCGCCCGGGAUUACCUCAUCGAUGGCUCCCGUGGCAUCCUGUCAGGCACAUCAGACCUGCUGCUCACCUUUGAUGAGGCAGAGGUGCGUAAAAUCAUCCGCGUGUGUAAAGGUAUCCUGGAGUACCUGACUGUAGCAGAGGUUGUGGAAACCAUGGAGGACUUGAUCACAUACACUAAAAACUUAGGACCAGGAAUGACAAAGAUGGCGAAGAUGAUUGACGAGCGACAGCAGGAGCUGACGCACCAGGAGCACCGCGUGAUGCUGGUCACCUCCAUGAACACAGUGAAGGAGCUGCUGCCCGUUCUCAUAUCAGCUGUAAAGAUCUAUGUGACCACUAAGUGUUUCAAGAGCCAAGGGGUGGAAGAGGCUCUGAAGAACAGGAAUUACACCUUUGAGAAGAUGAGUGCUGAGAUCAAUGAGAUCAUCAGAGUGCUGCAGCUCACCUCAUGGGACGAAGACGCCUGGGCCAACAAAAAGGAUACAGAAGCCAUGAAGAGAGCACUGGCACUGAUUGAGUUAAAGAUGCAUCAGGCUAAAUCCUGGCUCAAAGACCCUAAUGGUCUACCAGGGGCUGCAGGUGAGCAUGCUCUGCGUCACAUCCUGGAUGAGGCUGGCAAAGUGGGAGAAUUGUGCGCGGGCAAGGAGAGGAGGGAGAUCCUGGGAACAGUCAAGACCUUGGGCCAGAUGACAGAUCAGGUGUCAGACACGCGUGCUAGAGGCCAGGGACAUACGCCCAUGGGUAUGCAGAAAGCCCAGCAGGUGGCACAGGGGUUGGACAUCCUGGUGGGGAAAGUGGAGAAUGCUGCUCGCAAGCUGGAGAUCUUGAGCAAUGCCAAGCAGGCCAUAGCCAAGAGAAUAGAUGCUGCACAGAGCUGGCUCGCUGAUCCUCACGGCGGUCCUGAAGGGGAGGAGAACAUCCGUGCCCUGUUGGCCGAAGCUAAGCGCAUUGCCGACCUGUGCGAGGACCCCAAAGAAAGAGACGACAUACUGCGUUCUGUCAGCGACAUCGCUGGUCUCUCAGCCAAGCUCGUUGAACUUCGCAAACAGGGUAAAGGGGAUAGUCCUGAAGCCCGGGCCCUGGCCAAGCAGGUUGGCACUGCUCUGCAGAACCUACAGGCGAAGACCAACCGUGCUGUGGCCAACAUGCGGCCAGCCAAGGCUGCUGUGACCCUGGAGGGCAAGAUGGAACAAGCCAUGCGCUGGAUCAACAACCCCGGCGGGGAUGACUGUGGAGUGGGCCAGGCUGCUAUCCGUGGCCUGAUCGCAGAGGGCCGCCGGUUGGCCAACUCCCUGCCGGGCCCGUACAGGCAGGAGCUGCUGGCCAAGUGCGAGCGCGCUGAUCAGCUGAUGCUGCAGCUGGCUGAGGUGGCAGCACGUGGGGAGGCAGAGAGCCCUCAGGGCCGCGCAGUUGCAGCUCAGCUCCUGGACACCCUCAAAGACUUGAAGGCAAAAAUGCAGGAGGCAAUGACCCAAGAGGUGUCUGAUGUAUUUAGUGAUACUACAACUCCCAUCAAGCUUUUGGCUGUGGCAGCUACAGCUCCGCUUGAGGCCCCCAACCGGGAGGAGGUCUUUGAAGAAAGAGCCUCUAAUUUUGAGAACCAUGCCAACCGUCUGGGGGCCACGGCCGAGAAAGCGGCUGCUGUGGGGACAGCCAAUAAGAGCACGGUGGAAGGAAUCCAGGCCACUGUGAAGUCAGCCAGAGAGCUAACACCUCAGGUCACCUCUGCUGCACGUAUUCUGCUCAAGAACCCUGGCAACCAAGCGGCUUAUGAACAUUUUGAGACCAUGAAAAAUCAGUGGAUUGACAACAUUGAGAAAAUGACUGGUUUGGUAGAUGAGGCUAUUGACACUAAAUCCCUCCUGGAUGCCUCAGAAGAGGCCAUUAAAAAAGACAUUGACAAGUGCCGUGUGGCUAUGGCCAAUGUCCAGCCCCAGAUGCUGGUUGCUGGGGCUACCAGCAUUGCCAGACGGGCUAACCGGGUGCUACUGGUGGCUAAGAGGGAAGUGGAAAACUCUGAAGACCCAAAAUUCAGGGAGAUGGUGAAGGUAGCCUCAGAUGAGCUUAGCAAAACCAUCCCACCCAUGGUUAUGGAUGCCAAGGCUGUGGCAGGAAACAUCCAGGAUCCAGGUCAUCAGAAGAGCUUUCUGGUCUCCGGCUACAGGAUCCUGGCGGCUGUGGGGAAGGUCCGAGAGGCCUUCCAGCCUCAGGAGCCAGACUUUCCUCCCCCUCCUCCUGACUUGGAUCAGCUGCAUGUAAAUGAUGAGCAGGCUCCACCUAAACCGCCCCUCCCAGAGGGAGAAGUGCCCCCCCCCAGACCCCCUCCCCCUGAGGAAAAAGAUGAGGAGUUUCCUGAGCAGAAGGCUGGCGAGAUGGUGAGCGAGCCAAUGAUGGUGGCCGCCAGGCAACUACACGAUGAGGCACGCCAGUGGUCCAGCAAGCCUGAUGUGACAGAGGAGCGUUUUGAGCCCGCUGAGGCGGACGUAGAUAUAGACGAUGAGGACGAGUUCACAGACAACGAGGACGAUUACGAGCCUGAGCUGCUCUUAAUGCCCUCCAAUCAGCCCGUUAACCAGCCAAUGCUGGCUGCUGCGCAGUCAUUGCACCAGGAAGCUCGCAAGUGGUCUAGUAAGGGUAAUGAUAUUAUUGGAGCAGCGAAGCGGAUGGCCUUGCUGAUGGCGGAGAUGUCCCGGCUGGUGCGUGGAGGCAGCGGCAACAAGCGUGCCCUGAUCCAGUGUGCCAAAGAUAUUGCCAAGGCCUCCGAUGAGGUCACACGACUCGCUAAAGAGGUGGCCAAGCAGUGCACUGACAAAAGGAUCCGCACAAACUUACUGCAGGUGUGUGAGCGUAUCCCAACAAUAAGCACCCAGCUGAAGAUCCUGUCCACAGUGAAGGCUACGAUGCUGGGCCGCACAAACAUCAGUGAGGAGGAAUCGGAGCAGGCCACUGAGAUGUUGGUCCACAAUGCGCAGAACCUCAUGCAAUCAGUGAAGGAGACCGUGAGAGAAGCUGAGGCAGCUUCUAUUAAGAUCCGCACUGAUGCAGGGUUCACUCUCCGCUGGGUUCGAAAGACUCCCUGGUACCAGUAAAUGAAACAUUAGGUCCUUCAUUGAGGGUCUCCGUUCUGCCUAUUAAAACUACUAUUCAGUGGCCUAAAGGGGAGACCUUACCCUCUUGGACACUGAUUAUAAACUCCUUAUUGUUGCUUUAUAGCUGAGUUCAUGCCUCACUGAUUGCUUUGUCCAGGAUUUCUUUAUCUCAAGGUUUGCUCUUGUUCUCUUUAUCUCUCACCACUAUGUUUGAAAAAAGUAGGAUUACACAGGACGAAGAUUUUUUGAAUAUAUAUUUUUGGUAUGUUUGGUUUCAGAAUUUAUCCAAAUUCCAGGUAUAUAUAUUUUUUUGCAUGAAGAGUUUUUUUUUUCUAUUUUGUAUGGAAGAACUAUGGCUCAACCACAGUGAUGCCUCUUUUAAAGGAUCUUAAGAGUUCAUGAAGUUUACUCUUAAUUUUGAGAAGGAUUUCUUUUUGUAUUGAAAUUGUAUAUAUUUAUAUUUCUUAUUGAUGUGUACACCCAGUUUUCACAGUCAGAGAUUUUGAUUGACACAGCUCUUAAAAUAAUAUUUUUUGGUUUACUCACUCACAUGGACUGAUUUGUCUUAGGCUUUAUUUCACCUUUUCACUGAGCACUGUUGUUUGUCUGUAUUUGCAGAAACAUUACUGAUUUAUUUUUAGUUAUUUUAUAACCAUUUUUUUUGGUUGUAUGUCUCACAUUGAUGCCAAAGAUUUUGUUAAUUCAACAUUUAUGAAUUUAUUAAUGUCAGAUGAAAGACUUCUUAUACAACUUUACUGUAUUUGGGAUUUGGUCAUUAUCUGAACUUAGCUCGUUUUGAACAUUUCUAAAAACUCAUCACUCUAAAUGCUUCAAAAUCAUAGGUAUAUGUAGGUUUGUGCGAGUGAAGAGGAAUCUGAAGCACAAUCGAUGCAACAGUUGAUCUGUUCUCUCUGGUAAUGGGCACAUGAACGCCAAAGCCAAUCUUUUUGCUGAAAAGCUAAAAUACUCAUGAGCUGUAUGCUUUGACCUGGCUUUGCUUGCUUGUGUACACCAAGUAAUAAUUUCCAUUAACACAUGAAACAAUUAUGUUAAAAUGGACUAACGUAUAAUGAAGAACUGUUUUUUUUAGUUUCUUUUCCUCUUAACAUAAUCUACCAUAUAACUGCAAAAACACAAAUGAACAAAAUCUUACCAUAUAUUUAUUUGCCAUGCAAUACUAAACUGUGAUUAGAAGGAAAUGCUUCUGUCUGAACUGGUCUAAAAGGGGACGCUGCUUUCUUUUUUGUCCCUGUAGUAGUGUGCAGUAUAGUAUCCAGUAUGUGAAAAAUGCAAACCGUACUACGAGGUCACGUGACCGUAGGAAGGUGCUGCCACUGUUGCAUGACAGCACAUUGAUAGCUCUGGUCAUGUACUGGAAUAUUUGGUAGAAGUAGAACAUCAUCCAGGUAUCUUUCGCAUACUGAAAUUUUAUUUUGGUCUUAUACUGCAUACUGAUUCUGAGCCCAAUCAGUAUGCUAGUAGUAUGUAGUAGGCUAUUUCAAACACAGCCCAUGUUACAGCAAGCCAGGAGUACAGCUAAAACCCAAAAUGUGUUGUUCAUUCACACCCCUUUUCCUAAAUAUUCUGUUGACAGGUCUUAAAAUGUUUGUUUCAGAAAAUAUGGGUAAUUAUUACACAAGACCCAUGUAGCUUGUUCAUAUUUAAUUCCAUAGUGAUAUUUCAAAAUCGUAUCUAUCAGAUUCUUGCAACAGUAACGACAACUGUGCCAGCUGGAAGCUCAAAUGUACUGAAUCUAUGUGAAAAAGGAGUACUAGCACAAUUGUGGCCAAAGGUCUGUAAUGCUGAUCCCUUUUUUUUUUUUUUUUUUUUAUUCACAUAGCUAAACAUUAACCAGAACUUGCACUGCCUAGCUAUUACACCUAUUUCUAUAAUAAAUGUUUUUAAAAAGAGAGAAUAAUUAAUCCAUUAUAUAGUGCCUCAUUGUGAGUGUUUACAAGAAUGAUGUUUGUAUGUCUAACAGCAUGUUUCAGUUUGAGGUCAUAGAGUGUAUGAAUGUAUAUAUGACACUACUUCUAAUUUUGUUUUACAGUGUCCCUUACAACAGUUGUUGUGCCUCAGAUUAAUAAAAUUGCUUUUGACUUGAAUGUUGAAUUCAAGUACUUACAAAUCAUAGAGUAAUAUAAUUUGCUUUGAAAUAUUCUACAUGGUCCUUAAUAAAAAUGUGUAGAUGUGAA